AUGUCUUCAGUUGAGUGUUUUAGAGAGUUUGUCAACCAGCGACUAAAUGCUGCUGCUGAAGAAAUAUUCGGAGUUUUUCAAGAAGCUGUCGUCGAGUACGAGGCAGAGAUCCAUCGUCAGCGCAGACUGCUGGAUGUCGUUUGGAAACCCGAAAUAAAGUUACACAGGAUAGAGCUCCCACAGCAACAUGUCUGUAAGGAGGAGGAGGUCCUCUCUGACCAGCAGCUCUGUAUUCAGGAGAGGAACUCCAGUCUGGACCAAGAGGACCCAGAGCCUCCACAGAUUAAAGAGGAGCAGGAGGAACUCUGCACCAGUCAGGAGGGAGAGCAGCUUGUACUGAAGCAGGAGACUGAUACCUUUAUGUUGACUCCUACUGAUGAGGAAAGUGACCACCAGCUCCUCUCUCACAACUCUCAUGUAGCUGAGAGCCAAGAUCAGAAAGGAGGCAAGCAUGGAGACUCAGGCUCAACUAGAACUGCAGAGCCAAAUCAACAGAAUCUACAUCACGAAAGCACAAGUCACAGUAACAAUGUAGACAACCCUCACCUGUCAGAGAUGCACUGUGAUACUCACACAGAUGCCACAAAGGAGAGAAGCCAUAUUCCUGCAACACGUGUGGGAAAAGUUUCACUCAGAAAUCAGCAUUGACGUCUCAUCAUACAAGAAUCCACACAGUACGGAAAGGUUGAGCGAUGAAAAGGCAUGCUGAUUCUCAACCUACUUGACAAUAGUCACUUGACUGUCCUCAUGAGAACGCACACAUGUGAAGCCUUUUACAUCGAAAACAUGUGGAAGAGAUUUCAUAAUGUGGCUUGUUGGUUCACAUGAGGUGUGUACAACUUUUAUAAGUUUGAUAAUAAACAAAGGAAUCAGAUUUAUAUAUAAUUCCAUGUGUUUAAAUAUAAACUGGUAUUAAUUUGCUCCAUUGUCUGCAUUCUUUUACUUUGCCACCACAGUAGUA